CGUGAUGUCGAGCGCCGAAUUCCUAGAAUCAAACUGGGUGAGGGGGCGGCCGGUUGCGGCGCAGUCCUCGUAGGUGGUAUGAGUUUGGCUGGGGGCCGGGCCCCCCGGAAGACAGCUGGAAACCGACUUUCUGGGCUUCUGGAGGCAGAAGAGGAAGAUGAGUUCUACCAGACGACUUAUGGGGGUUUCACAGAGGAAUCUGGAGAUGAUGAGUAUCAAGGAGACCAGUCAGACACAGAGGAUGAAGUAGACUCAGACUUCGACAUCGAUGAGGGGGAUGAGCCCUCCAGUGAUGGAGAGACAGAAGAGCCCAGAAGAAAGCGGCGCAUAGUUACCAAAGCCUAUAAGACACGACAAACAUUCCUUCGGGUACAAGAGAGACAGGGCCAGUCCCGGCGGCGGAAAGGGCCCCACUGUGAGCGCCCCUUGACCCAAGAAGAACUGCUCAGGGAGGCCAAGAUCACAGAAGAGCUCAAUCUGCGUUCACUAGAGACAUAUGAGCGGCUUGAAGCUGACAAAAAGAAACAGGUUCAUAAGAAGCGAAAGUGCCCUGGGCCCAUAAUUACCUACCACUCCGUGACAGUGCCACUUGUUGGGGAGCCCCCAAAGGAGGAAAAUGUGGAUGUAGAAGGACUUGAUCCAUCUCCUACGGCUUCCACAUUGACUUCCCAUGCUGUGACUGGACCUGUCAUCCCUCCUGCUCAUUGCUCCCGGACCUUCAUCACAUUUAGUGAUGAUGCAACAUUUGAGGAGUGGUUCCCCCAAGGGCGGCCCCCAAAGGUCCCUAUUCGAGAAGUCUGCCCAGUAACCCAUCGUCCAGCCCUAUACCGGGACCCUGUCACCGACAUACCCUACGCCACUGCACGGGCCUUCAAGAUCAUCCGUGAAGCCUACAAGAAGUACAUCACUGCCCAUGGAUUGCCACCCACUGCCUCAUCCCUAGGCCCUGGGCCCCCACCUCCAGAGCCCCUCCCUAGCUCAGGGCCCCGAGCCUUGCGCCAGAAAAUUGUCAUAAAGUGAAAUGAUGUCUAGUCCUUAGAAACCCCUUUCUGCCCUGACUUGGGGUUCUUGAUCUUCCUUCUUUCCCUGCUUCUCUCACUUUGUUGUUUCUGAUCUUUUCUCCUUCCUGUAUUUCUUUUCCCAUCUUU